AUGCAACGCAAAGCAUGUGAUCAGUGCUAUAGCAGAAAGAAAAAGUGUUUGAUGGACGCCUGCUCAUCCGUCUGCGUUCGAUGCGAGAAGUUGUCCCUCGCUUGCACUGUAUUGCGCCGAGUACGGCGGCCUGGACGGCCCCCUGGACAUGGCCUCCCUGGGGUAGCUAAUAGAUUAUUGGGGGUUUGGGAACGCUCAUCAACGGAGGGGAAUUCAUGUCUUAUUUCAGUUGAUCAUGAGCGAGGGAAGCCGCCGACUGCGUGUGAUGCUCCAGAGGCCAAGCUCAGCGCUCCUGACUCUUACCGACUCCCUCCGGAACUGCAGGAUAGCGACUUUUAUCUCCUGAGUGAUAUCUACAUGUUCGGUCCGACCUUUGCGAGGGACCUCCAUCGAGCUUUGGAGUACUGCCAUCGGCACUCCCCCCAUCUGCUCGCAGAGAUCUUCCGCGCCCUCGGCAGCUGUCUUUCUUGGGCACGGCUUGGGGAGCUCCCAGAAGACCAGGUCGAUGUUAAGAGCGGCGCCGUAUCGAUUGAAAAGCUGCGGAAUGCAGAGAUCAAGAACCUCCACGAUGCUGUUGCGGUCCUGAUGCUCGGGCAAGCACUGGCCGCAUUUGACUCACUUGUCACAUCCACCGGGGCGAUGUCGAUCCUACGAUGCUCGCUCUCCCUGAUUUGCCCGUGGUAUCCGGAUAUUGCUGAAAUACAGCUGCUUGAGACGAUUGCGAUUGCUCCAGUCUUUUGGGACACAGUCUGGUGCUUACUGCACCGCGAAGUUCCCGUUCUUCAGCCCUUGGUCACUUGGACAAGGGUUGUCGAUCGUGUAGCAGGUCUCUGCACUUCUUUGCUGCCGAUACUCUACAAUCUUUGUGUCUUCGGCCAGCGUUGGAAAGACGGAGUCCCACAGCCACAGUGUAUGCUGGACAGUAUUGAACAACAGAUUCGGACGUGGUCUCCAGACGACUCGGCAUUGACUCUGCAGCGAUACAGCACGAUCGAGAUCCUGUCCAUUCGCACCCAAGCCAGCAUGUAUCGGACAGCAGCCCUCCUACUUGUCCAUUGGAUUCGUCACCCUUUGGCGUCGCCGGAUCCCACGUCAACCAGCCUUGCGAAUGAUAUUAUUAGUGCUAGAGAAGAAUUUUUCGCGAGCGCCGGACCCUCUGCAAAGUUGCAAAACACGUCUUUUCCGCUAUCCCUGGCUCUGCUGGAAGUACCGAUUUCCCCAGACAGGUUCUGGGAGAGCUCGACUUGGCUUCGCACUCGGCCUGCCUGCGUUAGACAUCUGUCCGCCUUUACCGGUUAUGUGUGGGACCAGCGAUAUGCAGGCUUCGAAAGCUCACUCUUUGAUCUCGUCAAGAGCGGCCCUAAUUUUGUUCCUGUGCCGUAG